GUGGAGAUUUGACAUUCAAUAAAAAUAAAAAUAAAAAUAAGAAGAUUAUUCCCAUAAGAUUCAUUACAAUGAAUCUAUUUAGAAGAUUUUUUGCCAGGUUUCGCAGGCACAAUAUAAUUAAUGAUCCCAAGCAAACAAUGGAUUAUGUAAAUACACAAAUCGUAAAUGAAGAUGCUUUCAAUUGUACUUCACCUCAUGCGCUUCCAACCAAAACGAUAUGCGAUUGUGAUCAAAUUUACCAAAUUCAGCACGAGAUCUUAUGCAUACAUCAAGAUGUGACUGUGAAAGAUGUGCAACGAUUAGAAGAUUGUAUAAUGGACGCGUAUAAAAACAGGGAACAAGAUAUGGACAGCCACUCUUCUUAUCAGGAUCGAGAUCAAAUUGAUAUAAUUUCACCAGAUUAUGUUCCCGAACACCAACAAACGCAGACGUUCAGCAACGAAGUUUUAUUACAACGUGAAUAUUCCAUGGAAGAAGAAACAAUGGCACAAAAUGCUUUCGAGAGAAAAGGAUUCAAAGUGGAUAUUAAAACCUCCCAAUAAAAAAAAUGUUAAGAAAUUAAGGUAAUUCGUUCAGUUCUCCGAAGUUGAUCGAGGUUCACACGGAAACACGAGACUACAUAAAUUAUUUGGAUAUCGGAUAAAUAUUCUUCUGAAAAAAAGGAAACAGCAAUAACUAUAUUAUUGAGAGAUUGAUUUUCAUAGUAGGCACAUUCCAGACUAUGACGAUCAGCUUUUCAGGGAUAGGUUUCGGAUUUUCUUGAAGCUUGGUCUACAUAUUGCAUAUAUGGUACUG